GACAAACGACAGCUUCAUCGCUCUGAAAUAAUAAUCCUGCGUUAAAAACAAUAUGACUGUUAGGUCUCCAAAUAAUGACGAAUUAAAUUGAUAAUAGGAAUAUCAACAGUAAAUUUAUAAUAAUGACGCGUAAACAAUUUCAAAACGGAAGCGGACGCGUUUCCAAAAUUAUGUAACACGUUCAAUUACUUUUGUCAGUCGUCAUUAGUGACAAGUGUCCUUAGUCAGUAAGUCAGGCUUAGUGCACACUGCAGAUUCAUGACAACUGACAAAGUGACAAUACAUUACAGUCAUACAGUGAUUAAGUAGACAAACACGCGACAUUUUCAGCUUAAAUUACGUAAGUUGCUACUUUUGAUUUCAGGGAAGGAAGAAAGAAUUAAUAAUAACGUAGAUAAUUUUUGUAUACCGACUAACGUAAAGCUAAAGUGUAAACCGUUUGCGUCUACGGAGCCUGAAGUACUGCUGCUGCAUAAGGCUAAGCAUUCUACUGCUUGAUUACGUCAUCACGCGAGCAGAAGAGAUGGAAUUAGGCUACAAUACAAGAUGUCCAGCUGUGAAACGUCUUCUGCGAGAGGCUCAAGAGUUGCACAAACCAACUGAAGAGUAUUUUGCCCAACCACUGGAAGACAAUCUGUUUGAGUGGCAUUUUACCCUAAGAGGUCCAGUCAACACAGAAUUUGAGGAAGGCAUUUACCAUGGACGCAUUAUCCUCCCCAGCGAGUACCCUAUGAAACCACCAGAUAUUAUUUUCAUAACUCAAAAUGGUCGCUUUGAAACCAACAAGAAGAUCUGCCUGUCCAUAAGCGGAUAUCAUCCAGAAUCAUGGCGGCCAUCUUGGAGUAUCCGCACAGCUCUUCUGGCCAUCAUUGGUUACAUGCCCAGCAGUGGUCUGGGCACAAUAGCUGGCCUGCAGUACUCGCCUGCUGAGCGAAGAAUCUUGGCCAAGAAGUCAUGGAGCCAAGACUGUGAAGUGUGCGGCCAGAUAUCGACUGUGCUUCUGCCUCGCACGUCCCUCAACGCCCAGCAGAUCAGCCAGGAAGCACAACAGAUCUCCCGUGAGAUGACCGUCACUGAGAAGCCUCUCGCAUCUUCUGCUGAUAGUGAAGUUCAAAGAACUCAGGAAGAGUGUCAGCCGGUCCAAGAUUCAGCUGACACCAAUGGCAAGCCAGUGUCAGAGUCUUCGUCAACGUCUGCUGCAAGCAUUAGUCCCGUGACUUCAAAUGCUGAGCCGACAACAACAGACGCUUUUACAUUUCCUUCACCUGAGGCUGCUACUAAAGCUGUCUUCUUAGAAACUGCAAAAGAGACUGUUAUUAAUGAUUGCGUGACCACGCCACCCGAUUCUACAUUGACGGUUCCUAAUAGCUGUGCAUCCUCUACUGAUUCCGUUUCUAAUGUUUCUAGUAAUCAUAUUACAAGUUCACCUGAAUCUUCGUUCAACAGUCCUAGCCUUCUAAACCAGAGAUGCAACGCCAGUGCAAGAGUCUCGUCUGAAGAGAAUAGCGUCAGUGGUGCAGGCGUUGUGCCUCCAUCAACGGUCAGGCUGCCGAGGCCCAGCCAGCCGCCCCCACCCGUCGCGUCUGAGGCGCUCAUCAACAGGACCGUGAGCUGCCUUCUGGUGCUGUGCAUCGCGCUACUCACUGCCCUCGUCAUGAGAAGAGUCCUCAUUGCCACCUCUACUGCACACGAAAAUGACGAACUUUUUGUGUUUGAUGUAGAUCACGAAGAAUUCUAUCCUAACACUUGAAUCUGCAAACGGUAGAUAUGUAUUGCUUUCAUAUUGUACCACCAAAGCACGUGUUUUCUAGAGCAGACGGUUAGGUCUUAAUUUUUCUAAGCAAUAAAGUGCUCGAAAUGAAAUUCCACGUCAUAUUUUCAGAAAAAUUACGAAAUACACGUACAUAAUAAUUAAUUUCCAUUAUUGUAUCUUAUUUUGUCAUUCUAAGUACGUCCAUGUUCUUCUGCAGGCAUUUAAAAUGAUGUGGCCAGUCCCGCUCUCGGAUGGGUAUUGCUUGUUUACUUUUUAUUUAAUGUUUGCGUGUUUGGUUAUGGCAGUGAUACUAAGCAAUAGUUAUCUAGGCUAGGUAACGGCAUUUAAUUAUGAUAUGAUGCACUGAUCAGCUGAUCCACAAGGCAAACAGUAAUUCUUGCACCAAAUUUUCAAAUUGUCCUUUUGACUGCUGUUUUAAAUAUUUAUAUUAUUCCUAUAGCUAAUCAUUAGUUUUGAACGUUUCUUAAAUGUUUUAUGGUCGUGAUAAUAAUCUGUUUGCACGUUAUUGUAUUUGAUAUUUCAUAAACUACUCAAUGACUGACAUCGGAAGAAGUUAUUUGGAAUUUUUAAAGCUGUAUUUUCUUCUAACUGGAUUUAACUCUUGAUUUCGGGGGUCAUAUGCUUGUGGUCAUUGGACGUUUGUCUUCUGAUGUCCAUGUCUUUCUUCAUAAUUGCGUUCUGAUUGUUCAAAUUUUCUGGAUUAAUCAAUUGAAACUUGCUUCGGUUGUGGUAUUCAAUGAAUUAAUUUCAACUUUAUUCUGGUGCUCAUUUUCUUCUCUUCAAUUCUGUGGCCAUUAGCUCUGCGUCAUUAUAUACGUAUGCCCCUGAAUAAAGGAACGGACGACGUCAGUUGCCGAGUCUGCGAACUGACCCUCAUCAGAACGAUAUUUAAAUCAUUGUCAUCGAUCUUAAUCGAUCUAAAUUCUAAUCAAAUGUUGGAAUGUUCGCAUUGAUGUUUUUCUCUAACAUUGCCCUGUCGCCUGCGUAAAUCUAUUUCAGUAAGAUUAUUAAAUUCUCUUACUUGUAUGGCGAUAUCAUACGCACCGAACUUUUGUCAUGCAGCUGUGCCACAACCCUGCAUAUGUGCUUGUCGUUGAGUUAAGCUGUGGGGUCAUCUCAACUAGGAAAGUCUCUAGUGCAGCUUGCGUUGAACGAGCUUAGAUAGAGCGAUGGUAAAACAACCAAAGCUAAUGUUAUGAAGCACUGCUACAAAAACAAGUCUACAUCAGAUAGGCUGAUUAGAUCUAGUUUUAUCUCAAGUCUUGUUUACGAACAAGAGGCGGAUGUUUCCAAUAAGGCAAUAACUAAUUCUCUACUUUGUUCAUGAUAUGAGAUGUAUUUGAAUGGAUGAUUGUAGCAAUGCAUCUCGAACAUUCGCUUGGUUUAUAUGGGGCUAUACAUGCAUUUGUUGUGGACUUAUGUCGAUAUUAUAUUUCUUAAUAAUCUCUAUAUACCCUUAUAUUAUUAUAUUUUUUAUAGGUACUUAAUCGCCAUAUACGUAUUUCACAGCCACGAAUAUUGAAUGAAUUUUUUUUUCGAUGCUUUUACAUCAUGUAUUCCAAAUCCGGAAGCAGAUUUUCUAUUGAACUUCAGUUCAUAUUAAUUCUUAAGACUUCAUUGACACAAAAUUAAAUAACUUGAUUUAAUUUGAAAUCUCAUUUUUAACUAUAAGUACAUGAUUCAUGAUGAAUAUUUUUUAACAAUUGAGAGGUAGUGCAAUAUUGUUGAAUUGAAACAUAGUGGAUUUUUUAUAACUAUUCUGAGUAAUCUAUUAUAUUAGACCUGUUUUGGCAACUGACUUGGUGGUUAUUAUGUUACGUGUUCUAAUUAUAUUGGGGAUGGUUCAUUGGACCACGUCAGUAGCUUCACUAAUCCACUCCUCUGAAACGUCACCAGUCUCAUCGCCAAGCUCGAAGAAGGCCAUGCAGGGUUAGUUUGCGUAUGGAACUGUCAGCUUGCAUGGGAAAGUUUUGUCUAUUUUAUUCUUACCAGGUCUGCGCUGGUAAAAUAGUUUAGUGUUCAAUCGUCACCUUGAUGUGUUUCUGUAGUCCGUACUUAUUCUCUAUAUCGCUUAUCUCCGUGUGCUGCUACGAUGUCGGCGUUCGCAUUGCAGAUGUAAGUGUUACACAUCGCAGAUGAAAUCACUCGUUUGACAUUCGGCUGUCUGCAAUGCCGUGUUACAUUUUGUGCCAUUUUUAUUCAGUUUCAAUUUAAAUUAUGUGGGUUUAUUCUUUGUGGCCUUCUGUUGCUCUUGGCGUGACCUGCUAGUAACCGGAAUAGAGUAACCAAGAUCUUCCGUUAAAUUAGCCUUUUUUCAGUAAUAAUUACGUGGAAUUUACUACGUCUCUGUUUAAGGCAUCGAAUUAAACCUUAUUAAUUCAAUGCCAGUCUGCCAAUGAGAAUGUAAUUUUUCGUUCAAAACCUGUUUUUGUAUUUGUUUUGUCGAUGUAUCUUGGGUUUUGUUGUUCAUUUCGUUUAAAAUUAUUAAUUAUGCUGAAAUUGCGUGUCCAUAUUUACGUUAGCUUCAGUUUAUUAUCCGUGUCAUCCGUGAACUUCCAAAACCGCUCUGUCGUCCUGCUGUCGAAACAUUGUAACUAGAGAGCGAAUGAAUCGGUGAUAAUGAAGUUACUCAUCAUUUGUCCUGUCAUAAUUCGGAUAUUAUUUUACGAUAACUUGAAUAAUUUAAAAUUUAUUCCAGUAGUAUAUAUCUUCUUAACUAUAAUUAAUAAAAAAAACUAUAUUAAUGUAUUGCCAUUUAGUAUAUUGAGUUACUACGACUUUGAUGGAUUUAUCCAUGAGUGGCGAUCACCCUGUGAGUGAAAUAAUCUGGCAAUGUUCGUUCCGUGAGUUUGAGCAUAUGUUGUUAGGGUUGAAAAGCUGCCUUUUCUGGUUUGAAGUACCGAGCAGUUUUGAACUUACCUGAAGAUGCUUUCGCUUGUGCUUUAGGAAACCUAUUCAUCGCAUGAACACGUCACUUCUAUGUAAAUUUCUGGAUGGUAUUUAGACCAAGUCCAAACUGCGAUUUCGUUGAGAGAUGCUUCCUUUUCGGAACUGCUAACACAGCUUAACACCGCCCCUUCGUCGCACUGGUAAUUUUUUUUUAAUUUUUGAUAAAUAAAUACAUUAUAUCCCCGGCAAAUUUGUGACGAUUUGACCUUUCAACUUAUCUUGAUGUGCAUUAUUUAUUUAUUUAUUUAUGUUGCGGCAUAGCUUGAGAGCUGAGAAUUCCCGUAAUUUUUGUUUUUAUUUAUGCGGGAGUGGUUUUUCUGUUUCAUGAUAUCUUCACUACUGUCACUAAUUCGGAAGAUAUUCCGAUUGAUUUAUGGAAAUAGUUUCUGUUCCAGUAUUUACUGCCUAAUAAACAAUCAAAAUGACGAAAAAAAUGAAAA